CUUUCAAUUCUUCUUCUCAGACAUUUUUUUUUGGAACAGAGUCUUCUCAAGACAUUUAAUCUUUCUCUUUUCCUGUUAAACAAAAACAAUAAUCAGAUCUCUAAUUGUGUUCUUGAUCUCGUGAAAAACAAAGAAAUUAAAACAGAAACUAGAUUUGAUCUCUAAACACGAGAGAGACAUGGGAGGUGCGGUGACGAAAUCUGAUGCUCAAGAAUGGGUUCCAGAGACAAAACUAGAGGCUAAGAUCAAAGAAGCCAUGCAACGCAGGGAAUCUAAAGGCACCACAACGAAAUCUUUCAACAGUAUUAUCCUCAAGUUCCCAAAGAUCGACGAGGGUCUAAGAAACUGCAAAGCCAUUUUCCAAGAGUUUGAUGAGGAUUCAAAUGGGUCUAUUGAUCACUCUGAGCUAAAGAACUGUUUCAGGAAGCUAGAGAUCUCGUUUGAAGAAGAAGAAGAGAUAAAUGAUUUGUUUCAGGCUUGUGAUAUUAACGAAGAUAUGGAGAUUGCAUUUACUGAGUUCAUUGUUCUUCUCUGCCUUGUCUACCUUCUUAAAGACGAUUCAUCCACUCUCCAAAAGAAAUGGAGACUGGGAAUGCCAAAGCUGGAACCAACGUUUGAGACGUUAGUGGACACGUUCGUGUUCCUUGACGAGAACAAGGAUGGACAUGUGAGCCGUGAGGAGAUGUUCAGAGCCAUUGAUGAAUCUGGAGAACGUUCCUCAGGGAGGAUUGCAAUGAAGAGAUUUGAGGAAAUGGACUGGGACAAGAAUGGAAUGGUGAACUUCAAAGAGUUUUUGUUCGCAUUUACUCAGUGGGUUGGGAUAGAUGAGAAUGAAGAUGAUGAUGACGAUAACAAGGCUUGA